AUGACAUCAAUACUUGUGUUCGACACACCCUAUGUGCCCAUAAAUCUAUCGGUGCCAGCCUGGCUAAUAUCUGCCCUUAACUAUUCCAACACAGCGCAUCCUUCACAAGUCAACGACAGCCAAGUUACAGAAGUCUUCAAGGCGGCAAUCGAUGCAUUAAAUUCCUACGCGGUUCCGGUUAUCUGUGUGUUAGGGAUCAUUGGGGACAUCACUUCGUUCCUGGUGUUUGUGUGUACAUCGUUUCGUUACCAACCAUGCAGCCAAUACCUCGCGGCCUUGACUUUUGUUGACACGUUGUUCUUAUUUUCGCAGCUGAUUAGCUCAAUGAUGACGUUUUUUCCCGCGUUAGCCUUGGCUCCUGGCUACUGCAAUGUCAUGGUCUAUAUGUCCUACGUCUGCAGCUUCCUGUCUGCUUGGUAUGUGGUGUUCAUGAUGAUUGAAAGGUAUAUCGCCGUCUGCCAUCCGUUCAGGACAUCGGCUAUUAGUAAUAAGAAGAAAUCCAUUGUCCUAGUGGCAGCCAUGAUGGUUUUGUCUCUAAUGCUGUACUCCCAUAGUGUCUUUACAACUUCCAAAUCGACACAGGGCAACCCGUGCGAGGUUUCUAGAGACUAUUAUGACUUUAUAAGCAUCUUCACCUAUGUUGAUGCUAUAUUAGUUUUUGUUAUACCCUUUCUAGCUAUCGUUUGUUUAAACUUGAGAAUAAUUUUCACCGUUAGGAAGUUUCGUUUGCAGCACAAUCGUUUAAACCAUAGCAUCAGGAGACUGCAGCGAUAUCACAAUGCAGACAAGACGUUAAGCCUGGCCCAGGUCAGGUCAACUAAGAUGUUGGUGUGGGUCUCAAGUAUAUUCAUCCUCCUUCACUUGCCUAGUUACGUGGCUCGCCUCUAUGGCCUUGUUCUACAAAAACUCCAAGGUGGUAACAUCAGUGAAAGCAGUCGAUUCAGAUUUAUGGUGGCACAGCACAUCUGCCAGUUCUUAUACUACCUCAAUUUUGCAAUUGACUUUAUAGUGUACGUUAUGAGUAGUAAUAACUUUAGACGUAAUGUGAGUCGAUCAGUAAAGAACAUACGUCAGUGUAAAUUUCAGUGCCAUUGUGAGUAUAAAUAA